AAUAGGGUAAUGACUAAUGACCGACAAGACAUGGGAAAAUGUGCCUGCAUCUUAUGUGUUUACCAGUAUGUAAAAACCGAUAUAAAUCUCUCCGAGAGAAAUAUCAUCGAGAGAAAGAGAAGCUAAAACAAGUAUCGAAAAGUGGAGCAGGUGCCUCAUAUUGUAAACCGUGGCCUUUAAUGUCAUUUUUUCAAUUUAUGUAUGACAAUAGGCAACCUCGAGACACAUCUUCCAAUUUGGUCAAUACUCAGGACGAAUAUUCUGAAGAUUUGGCGUCAAGUUCUUCAAGCAGCACAAUUCACGCACCAUUUUCUCCAUCGGAAGAAAGUACGGAUUCCUUUACGCCAAGUGAACCACAGAAUCAGUUGCUAAAGACUCCUCGGAAUGCAUCACGUAAAAGAACUAGGGAAGAUGAGAGUCCUUAUAUAAGUAUACUAUCAGAAAUCUCCUCGAAUAUUUGAAAUGUGAACAAAAAUAAACCUGGCAAGCUACAACAUUUUGCAGCUUACAUUCAAACAGAAAUUAGCGAGCUACCAAAAAGUGUACAAGAAGAGUUUAUGGAUGAAACCUUGAUAAGAUUACUCCAAAUAAAAAGAAAAUGUCGUAACACAUAAUGUAUUUAUUUCCAUAAGUACAUGUUUAAAUGUAGAUAUUACGUACAUUAAAUUUAUUCUGUUCUUUGAAUAUGAUCACACUGCCACGGACAGAUAUCACUACCUUCUGGAUUAUUUAAAUAAUCCUUUAUGUAAUUUCUAAAUGACCACGCAUUUCUUGCAGAAUUUCUAUUCCCAAAACGUAAAUGAGCUUCAGAUAUGUUACCAAAAGCAUUUUGCUGUGGCACUUCUUUUCUCCAAUCUCCUUUAAUUAAUGCACCGUUUUCUUCCCUAUCAAUAAAGUUACUGUUCUCCGAUUUUAUGAAAUUAUGUAAGCAUAUUGCAGCUUUAAUAAUUCCAUCCACAGUUUGGGGUUCUCUAUUUAUGUUCCUA